AUGCCAUCUGUCGUAUUCUCAAACAAACUGAUUGCUGCUAACAGAUGGCAGUACAGUAACAGGCAUAGCAAUGCUGCCCUAAAGCACACUGAAACUUUUGGGUCGCAGUUCAACCAACGAUCAUUACGCUUAGCUAGCAAUUCAAUGAGUUCAAACUCGAUGGUUCUGACAAAAGUGGACGAAAGCACAGGAUAUGCCCGAGUCACACUAAAUCGCGCACCGGUCAACGGGUUGAAUCUGGAAAUGUUAACCUGUAUCACAGAUACAAUCCGAAACCUGGAACAAUCAAAAGUUCGAGGCAUGAUUUUAUCUUCGACGUUUAUAAAUAAAGUUUUCUGCGCCGGUUUGGAUAUUUCCGAAAUGAUAAACCCAAACCCAGAACGGUUAAGGACUUUCUGGAUGGCUUUACAAAACAUGUGGGUGAAAUUGUAUGGAAGUACGAUGCAUACAGCAGCCAUCAUCAAUGGACAUUCGCCUGCUGGCGGGUGUUUGCUAGCCAUGGCAUGUGAUUACCGGAUAAUGUUUCCAAAUUUCACCAUUGGCCUAAACGAAAACGCCUUGGGCAUCGUGGUUCCUGCAUGGCUGCAGCUAAAUAUGCAAGAAAUUAUCGGACCCCGAAGGCGAGCCUUGGCUUGUGACACUGCGAAGUUAUUUAAUACCCAUGAAGCAUUUGAGAUCAAUUUGAUUGAUGAGAUUGCACACAGUAUGGAGGAUGCUGAUCGGAAAGCUGUUUCGUAUUUGAAUAUAUUUCAAACUAUGCCGGAUUUCGCUAGGACAAAAACUAAGCUGCAGCUUCGCAACCGGGUUAUUGAUGAUUUUCAGAAUUAUAGAGACCAAGACACACAACGAUUCAUGAAGAAUGUGAUGAACCCAGCAUUCCAAAAUGGUUUAGCGGCAUUUAUGGAUGCCUUAAAACAACGCAGCUCGCAGAAGAAUCACAACUGAAAAUUUCAAUUUUGAAAUUUUUAUUGCAUCUGUUACAAAAGUUUAUGGAAUAAGAGAAAAUAAUUAGGUACUGAAUCAAAGCAAUCGAAUAAUUCCUAUUAAUUCAACCAUGGUAUAAUACAUACCGUGGUUGAAUUAAAAGGAAUCUUUAGAUUGGUUUAAUUCAGGAUUACUGAUUUUUGCUUCAUUUACUUAAAAAUUUCCAA